AUGGCUGACGCUGAUCCAUCGAGUGGUGAACAGAUAGUUAUGAGAGAGUGCAGAAAAGGGAAUUGGACAGUGAGUGAGACUUUGGUUCUCAUAGAAGCCAAGAAGAUGGACGACCAGAGGCGUGUACGGCGAUCGGAAAAACAACCUGAAGGCAGAAACAAACCAGCAGAGCUCCGGUGGAAAUGGAUAGAGGAGUAUUGCUGGAGAAGAGGAUGUUACCGCAACCAGAAUCAGUGCAACGAUAAGUGGGACAAUCUCAUGAGGGAUUACAAGAAGAUCAGAGAGUACGAGAGAUCAAGGGUAGAAUCGUCUUUUAACACCGUCACUUCUUCCUCUUACUGGAAGAUGGACAAGACUGAGAGGAAAGAGAAGAACUUGCCGAGUAACAUGUUGCCUCAGAUAUACGACGUGUUGUCUGAGCUUGUUGACAGAAAAACUCUUCCUUCCUCCUCCUCCGCCGCCGCCGCCGUAGGAAACGGUAACGGUGGCCAGAUCCUAAGAGUUUGCCAACAAAGUUUAGGAUUUGUAGCUCCGAUGAUGGCUCAGCCGAUGCAUCAAAUCCCGACUACUAUAGUGUUAUCUCUUCCGCCACCACCGCCACAGUCUCUUAGCUUAUCACUUCCUUCGCCGCCUCAACCUCCACCAUCGUCUUCAUUUCACGCUGAGCCUAUACCGCCCACAGUAGGUACAUCAUCGACAAAGCGAAGGAGAACAACGCCGGGAGAAACCACCGCUGGAGGAGAGAGGGAGGUAGAGGAGGAUGCGGUUGGGGUGGCGUUGUCUAGAUGCACGUCUGUGAUCACACAAGUGAUAAGAGAGAAUGAGGAGGGACAAGAGAGGAGGCAUAAGGAAGUGGUGAGGCUACAAGAGAGGAGACUAAAGAUUGAGGAAUCAAAAACUGAAAUAAAUAGACAAGGUAUGAAUGGUUUGGUAGACGCCAUUAAUCAACUCGCAAGCUCUAUUCUUGCUUUGGCUUCUUCUUCUUGCCAUAAUAAUCGCAAUCAUCAAGGAGGUCCACCAUGAUACCUAUAUUGAAUAGAUGUGUUACUUUAAUACUUAAGUUGAUGAUUAGUUGCUUAGUUAAUAUGUAGGUAUGUGUAUAUAAAGUGACGUUAUGUUAGCAUAUAAAACCAUGCAAGAUGUUCUUGUCAUGGAGUAAUUAAUGAAUCAUUAAUCAAGC